AUGUCUUCCCAAUCAAGUGCAACUCCUGUCAGCAAUGAUGGAGAUAUUGCGCCUCAAUCACCACUACCACGGCCACUCAACGUCAGCACCUGGACCAAAGGCAGGGUGUUUCUGUGGCCAAGUGCUGUUAUCGAAUCCGAUGAAUCUGUUGCUACGAGUUCGGGCGGACAAUUACAUGGCUCCUCGAAGACAAUCCUUUACAACGGGGACCAUUCCAUAGCAGCGGUAUUUAUACCAGACAGUCGAAAGCGCUCUCGCCUUGACUACAAUGAGGAUACGGAUGAGGAGGACUCGGAAUACGAAGACAUUGAAGAGAUGAAGAGAAAGUCCAACAGUGGUCGCAACCGUACCGGUCCCUCGAGCACAAGAAAGCAGCCCCGAGCCAGAGCUUCUGCGAAUCCUACCUCUUCAGCAAUUAGCACUGCGCCAGUAGCUCCUGCCACAUCCACUGCACCCGUUACGAAGAAGCCCAAGCACAUCUCCAUGUUCCGUUGGACUCAAAACGAAAUAGACUACCUCUUCGAUCAGAUCGAAACCUAUAUGAAGCAGUUGAGGCGCAAGCUGUCCAAUUCGGAGUGGAUUGCCAUCGCAGAUGCAAUGAACCUCCAUUUCCGACAGCAAGGAGGCGUCAUUGCUGGCGAUAAACUGGCAACCGGCGAGUCCGCACCUGAAGAUAGGGCAUACCCUCAGAGAUCUGCUCAUACGGUUCGAACUUACGCUACGAAUCCGGAUCAUAAAAUCGGAUUUGCGAUCUAUGACAGGCUUUGCAAGAAGUAUGUCGCAGGAUAUACGACACCCAAGAGCAAGGCUGUCUAA